CUCCUCUGGGCUCGAGAAACAACCCUUAUUAUCGCGCUUUUGUGAAUCGUAUCAUGGCCUUUCAAUUAAUCAAACAUAUAUUCAACUUUUUCUAUCCCAACGAGACAGAGAAUCAAAAUGAUCCAGAUCGGCCGGGUCCGCUGCCGAGUUUUGGGGACCUCAUACCCUGCUAUGACCGUUCAGGCAAUGUAAUAGCUUAUCUUCCGGCCUCCGUGCAGACCACUCAGCCAUCACAUGACCCUGCACACUCCGUCCCAAAUCCACCACCCCUCCCUCAACACAUGAAACACCACUCACAGGAGUUAUUCGAACUCUGCACGGACACAAAGUCUAUACCACGCCUGCGUGCCCGAAGUGUUAGUCCCUCUGCAGCCCGAACAAAUCAACGCCGUGGUCCGGAUCAAUCUUCCAAUUCCCUACGUCCCAAAUCUGGCGGUGGAGAUGAGUUAUGGGACCCAUGGCCGGACGGUGACUUUGAAAGGUUAUUAACAUGGGAGGAGGUAUUAAGAACUGACAAUCUUAGUGAACAUUGGGCUUGUCAGCCAGGAGGAGGAGACAAGAGGGGGUCAGAGUCAGCACUUGUGUGGUCGCAAGGUAAAAAGACGAGACGUGUUUGCCUGGGUGUCAUUACUUGCGAUGAACCUACCUGUGAGGUAGUCACACGUCCGCAGACCCGCCGGGCUGGUAUCAUGGGACAACUCAAUGCAUCGUGCCUUUGUGGUAGUCAGCUCAAGCACAUCGACUGCGGUGUCACAUCGAUCACCUCCUGGUGA